AUCAAAAUCCUGUAUCCGAAUGCUGGCACCUGUAUGAGGAUCUAGCCUAAAAAAACAAAUUCAAAUAACAUAACCUGCCUGAAAUGUUUAUACACUGAGUUCUUAGAGGAUUAUUAAAGUUCAAUAGUGGUAAAAUAGUUAUUAUAAUGUUCGUCUUAUUGGGCGAAGUUAAUCUGUGGACAUUCGAAGAUGUCAUUAAUAUUAAGGAUAUAGACUUUGGUGCAUUCAGAUACCAUGACAAACGUACGGACGAUUUAUAUGAGGAAGGUAAAAGAUCCUAUGCUCAAAAGCGUGGGAUGGUUUGUGUACCACAAAAUAAAAAGGGAAAUAAGUUGAAAGAUUCCAUUAAAUAUCUUGAAGAACAGCUUAAAGACAACUCUACUGUGUACUGUCAAUGGUAUGAUCACUGUAUUGUACAUAUGAUGCUUAGUUCUGGACUAUUAGUUCAAAUACAAAUUAAUUGUCCUAGUGGUGAUAUACAAAAAAUUUCUUUUGACAAGUAUCUUGUUGGAAAAGUAUCGGAUCACAUAUCAGACGUGAUAAUUACAAAGAAUCAUUUAAUUUGUACAUACAACGAUAGCCAAGUAACUCUUGUGCACUUUACUAAGCCAAAACGACAUAUAUUUGAGAAAAUCAGUAGGCUCGAGCCUAAAUUCCUAACAAUUGAUCUUUCUUGUCAUAGUGGUCGUAGAUUGGAUAAAAAAAUUCAAGUAAAUAAAUCCAGUGAUUUGAUUUUAAUUUGGUGGAAAUCUACGAUGAAUGAAGUUUAUCCUUGGAGUCCAGCUAUAAAAGAACAUGAUCGUGCUAACGUGCAUCUAUACCGUCUAACGGGAACCAAACUAGAACUCUUGUGUUACUUACGCACUGAAUUUGAUCCCUUAUGUAUCACAUUCAACGCCUAUCAUGAAAAUGUAAUACAAUCAGUAGAACAGAAAGUGUCCAGAAAGGGAGAAGUUACAAUUGAAUGGCGCACCUAUGAAGUAUCUCAACAAGAUAAAUUACAAAGAAUUGCCGUUAUCUCAGUACCUUUACCAACACAUACAAGCUGUGUAAAAUUUUCACCAAAUCAUGAUAUGCUAUUGCUGUGUUGUAUUGAUGGUUCGAUAACAUUGCAUGAUCAAGUGCGAGGAACAAAUAAUAGUGUGAAAGCUGCGUUUAUACCUACUUUGGCAUCGUGGCACAGUAAUGGAAUUAUAUUUGCUGUUGGAAAUGAAAGAGGACAAUUUCAACAUUUUGAUAUAUCUCUGUCUCAUGUUAGGAGUCAGAUGCUAAGUGAAGACACUACACCAGCCAAUAUAUUAGAUCUGUCAUCUUAUUUUAGGAGUCAACCAGCAUUGUUGCGCAUGGAAUGGAAUAGAAAGACUGAUCCAAGUUCAUAUAUGGAAUAUUAUGAUCAUGGAGAUUCGUUAUUUUUAUUACUUUUUGAAAGGGGACCACUGGGAGUUAUAAGAAUUAUCGAAGGAGAUAAUUUAUCUGGAGAUGUUCUGGUGCAAAGACAUCUAUCACUUGGUCAAGUAGAACGUGCGACCUCGUUGCUGUUGUCUAUGAAUUGGGAUAUGGAUGCACGUGCUUGCAUGCACUCACUCAAUCAAAUUUUGAACUAUCUCUUUAAGUUACCUUUGACAUUGGAGCAUGAAAGUAAGAAUAACUAUUUGCUACAGAAUGAACAUGAAUCUGCUGCAAUCCACAAACCUUUUAUUAUAGAUCUCAUCCAAAAUGCCUUGGGCAGUUUUCACAUACCUGUGAGACCAAUAAGUCAGGCAGUAGAAGAAGAAUAUGGCGAUGAAGUUAGAGACCUUACACGAAGAUUUUUCCAUCAUUUAUUAAGAUAUCGGCUAUUCGAAAAGGCUUUUCGACUGGCAAUAGAUUUAAACGAUCAUGACCUUUUUAUGGAUAUACAUUUCUAUGCUCUUGUAAUGAAUGACUUAGAGAUGGCAACUGCUGCGAAAGAAAAAGCCGAACAGAUUCUAAGCAGAUCAAACAGUUGCACCAGUUCUCACUCAACCUGCUCAAGACCAUCCUGUUCCAUCUGCUCUGAUUCAGUAAGCGAUAAAGAAAGUGAAUCUUACAGUGAAGAGAGUGAAAGCGAAGAUUCACCUAAACGAGAAAAAAUUAGCUACAAAUUACCAGGAAAGCGUAACUAUGCUAAAGGAACAAGUAGCCAAAUUCCACCUUUACCUAUCCUUCAUUCUCCUCUGUAUAAUAGUAGCGGACUUGUCUCUACAUCAUUCAGUGAUGUCCCACCCAUAAAUAAGUCUGAUAACAAUUUAAUGUCCACUCCAUUCAAUAUACCUAGCAGUGGUUUAAGUACCACAGCUUUCAAUAAUUCCUCUCACAGUCUCUUAUCAAGUGGAUUACUGUCAUCUACUUCAUUUAGCAAAUUGAAUUCAUAUACCUCAACUGCAAAUUUGAAUCCCACCUCUACGAUAAGUUCAAAUAUUUUUUCACAACCAUUUUCCACUACCACAAGUGAUCUCAUGACAGUAUCAUUCGGAAAUCUUACUGUUAGCAGUGUAAAGCCUACAACAUUUAAUCAUCUUGCUAAUAACUUUGCUGAGACUUCUUUUAAUAAUUCGGUUAACAACACAAGUCAACCAACGUUGAGCGAUGCUGUGCAGCAUAAUAAUUUUAUGUCAACCCCUUUUAAUAAUCCAACUUACGAGUCUGUCUCUGUAGACAUUCCAUCAAGUUUGUCAUCUUUAGAUAAUACUGACAACAAUGUCAUGUCAACAUCUUUCAGUAUUCCUACAACAAACUUAAUGCCAACAUUAUUUGGCAGCUCAUUUCCAAAUUUGACUGCAACCACUAAGACAGAAUCCACAGCCACUUCUACUAUGAUCCGUAGUGUAAAGUCAUCGAGUGUAAAUCCAUCCAGUAUUAAUAUACCUCCCAUGCCAUAUGCAGUUAUACCGCCUACGACUACUAUGACAAAUAAAACGACCUCGUCAGCUUCGUUUAAUAAUGCUAUAGGUAAUGUAAGUUCACUGUCAUUUUAUAACUGUGGCAGUAAUCUGAUGUCAACCUCUUUCAAUAGUCCUGAAGAAGAUAUAUCAGACUCCUUUGACAAUACUGCAACAGCUUUUACGUCUACAUCUUUUGACAAUCUUACUGAUGGUGCAAACUGUCAGAGCAUUCAGAAAACUCAGCAUCCAUUGACACUGAAGAAACAUACUUCUGGUGAUAUACCACCGCCACCUUCGAUAACGAAUUCUUAUCAUUACAUUCAUAACUUACCCAAAAAAAAUUAUCCGCUCUCACGUAGUACACCAGGAUUGACAGAAAUAGACGAGCCUAUUCAAAAGUUUCAAAUGUCUAGAGCCACAAAUAUUGCAACCUCUAAGAUUUUACAAAGACAAAAUUCUGUAUCGAGUAUUUUACAGAGUCAGCACAAGGGUACUAAUUUUCAGCCCACGAGAACCUACAGACUAAACUAUGACCUCGAUUUUAUUCCUUUUCAUGGUAGCUGCGAUAAUCUCAGUGUUCAACAUUCUCAUCCAGGUAAUACUAAAUCUAGUUCAAUAGGUUCUAUUAAUCAUGCGCAGUCGAAUUAUAAUGUACAAAGUAAGUCGUUAGAAGGGAAACACUUGAGAUUAGGAUUUUCACAAAACUCAAAUCUUACUAUAAGCAAAGACCAGAAAAUGUCUUCCAAUGUACCACCGCUGCCUGUUAUUAAUCUUUCCACCUCCAAUACUAAAAGCCUUUCCCAAUCUACUUCAUCUACGGAUACGCCGUCGUCAUGUAGCGAAAAACCGAAAGUCAAAUUUUCGGAUACAGUGACACAUAUUCUUGUACCUGGCACGGGGCAAUCAUAUCGACCUGUUCAAAAACGGUCGGUUACCCAAUUGCAUCCUAUGGAUCCAAAACGAGAACUGGCAGAAAGUCUACCACUGUGUUUGGGAAACGAAGACUACCUCAAAGAUUUUCAACCAUUGUGCAAAGAUAACAAUAUUGAAAAAGCGAAAGAAUCUCCUAAACCAUCUGAAGAAGCAGCUAAGAUCAAAGUUGUUCAUUUUGGUCUUUUAUAACACGUUACAUAUAUAUUAUUAAACUAAUUUUAUACAGAAUUAUUCA